AAUUCUGAUGUUUUCAGCGCCUGUUGGAUCGCCAGCAGUCUUGUCAGGUCAUCCUCCGAUUCCACUGCAGAGGAACCGGUGGAGGAGACUGAGGAGGUGGACAGCUUUCUACUUAGGCUGCCGUCUCCCGUCUCGCCUUGCCCCCAGUCUUCCUGCUGCAUCGCCCGCGAGAAGCCGCUCCCAUCUGGGGAGGAACACAAUGUUUGCCGUCAGAAGCGCUCUCCGCCUCAGUCCGAAGCUUUACAUUCCCGCUUUGGCAAGGCGAGGAUGCGCCGGAGCUGCAACCCCGGUGGACGAUGUGGUGAACGGGCUGACAGACGAGCAGAUUCAGCUCAGGCAAAGUGUUCGUAAAUUCUGUGCAGAAAAACUUGCACCCCAUGCUGCUGAGAUAGACAAGAAGAAUGAGUUUGCAGGGAUGCGGGAAUUCUGGAAAGACAUGGGUGACAUGGGGCUGCUCGGCAUAACAGCACCAGUGGAAUACGGAGGCACUGGAUUGGGCUACCUUGAUCACGUCAUCGUAAUGGAGGAAAUUUCUCGCGUGUCGGCUGCCAUCGCUCUCAGCUACGGCGCCCAUUCCAACUUGUGUGUCAAUCAGAUGGUGCGCCACGCCAAUGACAAACAGAAAGAGAAGUACAUGCCAAAGUUACUGACUGGAGAGCAUGUGGGCGCUUUGGCCAUGAGUGAGCCGAAUGCUGGCUCUGAUGUCGUGUCUAUGAAACUCAAGGCAAAGAAGCAAGGUGACUCAUAUAUUCUGAACGGUAACAAGUUCUGGAUUACAAACGGGCCAGACGCUGAUGUCCUGAUUGUAUACGCCAAGACAGACCCAGAGGCCUUUCAGAGAGGCAUCACCCCAUUCAUUAUUGAGAAGGGGAUGCCGGGGUUCUCUACAGCACAGAAGCUGGACAAACUGGGAAUGAGGGGGUCCAACACAUGUGAGCUGAUUUUUGAAGACUGCAAAGUCCCAGAAGAGAACAUGUUAGGUUCAUUAAACAAAGGGGUAUAUGUAAUGAUGAGCGGUCUGGAUCUGGAGAGACUGGUGCUUGCAGCUGGACCUGUGGGCAUCAUGCAGGCUGUUUUGGAUGCUGCGAUUCCUUACUUACAUGUCAGAGAAGCCUUUGGAGAGAAGAUCGGAACCUUCCAGCUAAUGCAAGGCAAGAUGGCUGACAUGUACACCAGGUUGAGCUGCAGUCGGCAAUAUUUGUACAAUGUGGCCCGGGCCUGCGACAAAGGACACUUCAGUGCUAUGGACUGUGCCGGAGUCAUUCUGUACUGCGCUGAGAAUGCUACCCAGGUCGCGCUGGACGGAAUUCAAUGUUUGGGAGGUAAUGGCUACAUCAACGACUACCCCGUGGGACGCUACCUACGGGAUGCAAAACUGUAUGAAAUCGGCGCGGGUACAAGUGAAAUCCGCCGCCUUAUUAUCGGACGAGCCUUCAAUGCCAUGUUCAAGUGAGAGAAAGCGAGAGAUGAGAAAAGAAAAAGCAAUCAGUGAGCCAGAAUGCAAUUUUGUUUCAAGAAACACUUCUUCACACCCCAGCGGCCUUAACUUGUUUGACUCAUCAGUGCCGCUGACCUAAAUCAUGUUUGGGAAUCUCUCUUCACUGUUUGUAUUAUACAUGAAAUUACGCAGCGAUAACGGUCUGAACAAAGUAGCCUUGAUGUUCUGUUUUUCAUAUCAAGCAAUUACUUUACUCAACGUCCUGUAGUUUUGUAUAAUGGUCUUGUUACAUUAAAUCAUUUGUGCAUAUGAGUUCUAUUAGCGUUUGGAGAUAUUUUGUACUUCUUGGAAUAAUUCAAUUCAAGCAAACACUCCGAUUUCAAGUACUUACGACAGAUGCUUGGCAAUAAUAUGUUAAACGAAUCAAGGUAUCCUCGUCACAUUUAUAAAUUUCUUCAUAUUAGAGUACUAUGGGAGUGAAAUGACACUCAUGAUUGCGAGUAUGAAGAGAUCUGGAUGAGCUUAGGUUUCGUUCCAGGAUGUUCGGUGCCAAGUGCUGCUGUUGGACUCCAACCAGAACAAUCAAUAUUGACUUUUUCCCAGCCUUCCAGGUGUCCAUUGUCAUAUCCUUUCAUAAUCUGGCAUUGUUGAUCAAAACAAUUCAGUGCACACUGAAACUGAACACUUGUCGGACUUGGCUGUAAACAAUAUUAACAUCCUGUUUUAGGAUUGUGUAAGGGGGUUAAAUGAUUCAAAUCUUGUAUAGUCUGUAGCAAUUUUCUUAUGCUCUUGGAUUUGAAAAUAUGUAGAUGUACAUUAUAUAUGAACAUGUUUUGUGUGCAAUAAAAAUAAGCAUUUUUAACAUGGUU